CUAGAGGUCAGUGAGUGUAUAUGUUUGUGUGCUUGUGUAACUUACAAAACAUCUUCCGGGACUCAAAGUAACAUCUGUAGCAUUCGUUAUCACUUCACAACCAGGCAUCAUGUCUUCGGUUCAGAUGUCGGACGGUUCAUUUCGGGUGGAUAUCUGCGGAGAUCAGACGCUGUUUUACCGUCAGGCUCUUCCGUCCGGUGGUACCGGAAAGCUCUCGGUUCUGCUGCUGCACGGGAUCCGGUUCUCCUCCAGGAACUGGUUGGAAAUCGGAACUCUGGAGAGUCUCGCGGCCGCGGGUCACCGAGCCGUCGCUAUUGAUCUGCCAGGUUUGGGUCAGUCUCAGACAGCGGUGGCUCCGGCCGCAGUAGGUGAACCCGCCCCGGGUGAGUUUCUGCGACAGGUGUGUGAAGCUCUUCAUAUGGAUCCUGUAGUGAUCAUCAGUCCCUCUCUGAGCGGCAUGUACUCGCUGCCGUUCCUCUUUCAACACUCUGAACGGGUGAAAGCCUACAUACCUGUGGCUCCCAUCUGCACAGAGAAAUUCACAGCAGAACAAUACAGCAACAUCCAGACACCAACUCUUAUUGUCUACGGAGAUCAGGACAGUCAGCUUGGGGAAGUAUCGCUACGCAACCUGAGCAAUCUACCCAAUCACAAAGUGGUGGUGAUGAAGGGGGCGGGGCAUCCUUGUUACCUUGACGAUCCAAAGACGUGGCAUAAGGCAGUCCUGGAGUUCUUGCAAUCGUUGUCGUGAUUUAAACACAAGUGUGCUCAUCUCUUAAUCAAGGCUCACAUUACAGGAUUAUUGGCCCAAAUUUUCCCCUCCGAAGAUUCAGAUAGAAAAUCCAGGACCUCGAUCAGUUUGAAUGUUCGGCUUAGAUCAAAUCUUGCGCUGGGACGAUAAUCUUAAUAAUAUCCUGUAGUAUGAGCCUGGCCUUAAUCGAGCAAUUGAAACUUGAUUUAUAUGAAUUUUUUACGUCAAUUUGCUGCUUAAGAAAGAUUACAAAAAUGUAAACUCAAGAAUAUGAUUUCAUGUUGAUAUAAUAACUUUAUAAGGUGCUUUGGUCAGAAUUAAAAUGACAUUGGUUAUUGACAUUAAUAUUUUUAGGGGGAAUGCAACUACAUUUAAUGUUAUUUUGGGUAGUCUUGCUUUCUAAAACACAUUAAUUCCCCCCAAAAUGAACUACAUUAUAUUGUCAUAUUUACUUUUAUUGUGUUCAGCAGUGUUGAUUAUUGUUUUGUUUAAUGUAAAACUACAAAUACAUUUAGCAGUGGCGGCCCAUGACUUCUUUUUUCGAGGGCGCUCGAUGCGAAGUUCGUCACAACAUGUAUGUAGCCCAUCAUGUGUUCAAAAUGCAUCGAGUGAUCCUAUGUGCAUCAUGUGUCUUGUCAAAAAUACUCGCAUAAUGUCAUGCAUAAUCAGAGUUUAGUGUUAAGGGAGUGUCUUGCGUGUAUUUUGUGAACGUGAGGGUCUCUUUAAUCAUAAACGGGUUUGACGCGUGUGCAGCAGGCACUUAUUUUGAAAAAACACAGGCACAUGGUUCACAUGACGCAACAAACACAUAUUUUGAAAACACGCGUGACACUCUGAACACAUAUUUUGAAUUUGCGCCCCUCGGAUGAGCAGUCACGAGCCGCCACUGACAUUUAUGCAUUUUUAUGCUUUAGGCAAGUCGCCUUUGCCAAGAAAUCAUUUCAUAAUAAAUAUAUGAAUUAUUUGCA